AUGAUGGACAAGGAUGGCUAUGUUUUUGUGUAUAGUAUGGACUCGCGAAUCUCGCUUCAUGAAUUGCAACCAUUUUUUGAUCUGCACCUCCAGAUCAACGAGAGUCGCCGUCCUCUGCCUCCUAUUAUCCUUGUGGCCAACAAGAAGGACGUGGUGGAUCGUGACCCGAGCAAGUGCCAAGUGAGCACGGAGGAAGGCCGACGGAUAGCACACUCGUACAACGCGCGCUACAUAGAGACGAGUGCGCUGACAGGUGCCAACGUGACGGCGGUAUUCGAGACGUUUGUGCGCGAGGUGCGUCGGAAGAAAGUGCCCAAGCAAAAGAAGAGCUCGUGUUCCAUUCUGUAG